CCAGAAUCUGAGUGUGGACGGAUCGCAAAGGGGAAAUAAAAAUACUAAAAUAGUAGUGAAAACGGCACGAAGGGCAUCGGAGCUGCGCUCUAAAACCUUCAACAACUGCCAUGGAACUAACCUCCUCCUCCAUACUCCAUACUCAUCCUAUCAAAAGAACCACAACUUGCAAUUGCUCAUACUCCAAUGUCAUUCCUAAACAGCCACCAAGCAGAUUCUAUCCGUCUUCUUCUCCGCGUCUUUCUGUUUUCUCGAAAAACUACAAUUUCACCGGAAAGAGUUUACGAAUUACAAGAUUAACAGCAUUCAGCAGUUCCAGCCGUUCUAACAAUGACUCGACCCAAGAACUCGCGGUUCUUCUUGAAGUUGAAGGAGUUCUUGUGGAUGCAUAUCGCUCAACUAAUCGCCAAGCUUUCAAUGAAGCAUUUCGCAAGCUUGGACUUGACUGUGCAAAUUGGACUGAGCCUGUAUAUUCAGACCUCGUCAGGAAGAAUGCUGCUAAUGAGGAACGGAUGCUGAUUAUGUAUUUUAACCGUAUUGGUUGGCCGACUUCACUACCAACGAAUGAGAAGGAAUCAUUUAUUAAAAGUGUUCUGCGAGAAAAGAAAAAGGCAUCAGAUGAAUUGAUGGUCUCACAAAGUUUGCCACUCCGGCCUGGAGUUGAAGAUUUCAUUGACAAUGCUUAUAACGAGGGAAUACCUGUGAUUAUUCUCACAGCCUACAGCAAGAGUGGAGAAGAAAUUGCUAGAUCUAUCAUCACUAAGCUUGGACCUGAGAGAAUAUCCAAAGUAAAGAUUGUUGGGAAUGAGGAGACAAGACAGAGUUUAUAUAGUGAAUUUGUGCGUGGUCAAGCAAAGCAGUCAGGUUUGGAAGAGGAACUAGCUAAGGAAGCAAUGAAGGCAGCUUCUGCUGAGAAACAAAGGAUAGCCAAGAAGGUUGCAUCGGCACUGAAGUUGAGUGUCGAGAUAAAUACUACCUCAUCUGAAAGGGCCUGCAAUCAUUCGAUACUUCAAGUCUUCUAGGCAUUGAGGCACCAUCUAACACUGAAUUGAUUGGCAUGCAUUUUUUGAAAAGGAACAUGACAAAAAGGAAGUGGAUAAAUUGAGGUCCAAUCCUACUCACAUAACAUAACACAUAUUUCUGAGGACUUGAAACUUUGGAAGAAAUUCUUGUUUUGUUAACCUUAAUUUCUUGGAGAGGUUCAUUUGUGGUUUAGCUUGAUUGGUCAAUUUUCGAGAAGUCGUGUAGAGUUUAAAAAGAGAAAAGCUCCUGGAUUUUUACAACUUACCAGUCCUGGUAUCUGAUCUCAUGGGAUGGAGAGGAAGCUACCAAGUGAGAGAGAGAUAGCACUAACUUUUCAUCCUCUCCUCUUGAACUUAGUUUCACAGCUGCUUUCACCUUCUGUCGUACAAAAUGCCCACCGAUGAAAAUUAACGAGUGUUAGAAGACAAUGCAAACAAUGGAAGUGCAAUAGAAGUAACCAAUAUGGACCAAUGGUUCGAUUGACUUAUGGUUAUAGAAAAAAGAUAUGUUGCGGUUCUUGAAACCCUUCUACUUUACCUCUGCACAAAAAUACGUGUUGUGCAUGCUUUUCAAUCUUAUUAACUUACACAUACAUGCACAUGUAUCUUGGUAGUCAACUUUGUAGUAUUCAUGGGACAUUUUUAGUAGCUUCAUUAUGUGGUCUAAGAAUUGUAUGGUUCUCAGACGGCAAGAAUCUUGGAAUAGUCUAUUGUUCAUUAAAUGUUAUCUCAUGGUCGAUUUUUAUUUGAUUGUGAUUGUCACUAAUUUUUUGUUUUCUUUCUUUGUUUUCACUUCUUUGGAGAGUUGGUAUUCCUUGAACAUUUAUUCCUUGACAUUAUAUCAAUGAGAAGUUGUUUCUUAUAAGGGGGAAAUCCAAUUAAACAUUGCUGUCCUAUGGUUGCACUUUGCAGCUGUCAUGAUAUGUGCACAAAUCUUAGAAAUUUAUUUUGAAUAAUUGAAUUGCUGGUUUAUUUGACAGCAAUGUUUAACAUGAUAUAUUUUGGUUACAAAAAGCAUUAUCGUGUGCAUUAUCUAAUAUGACUUCAUU